UGAGGCUUUUUUUCCCCCCUAUUUCCUGCAGAAUAUGAAUAGAUGCUGUCAGUGGGAUGGAGGUCUCUGAGGGUGCUGUGUGCCACGUUUGCUGCCGAGCACACAUACGGCUUUUCAUUUUUCCCCAGAGGAGGCAAGGAUGGGCAAAUCUUGGAGCUGGGGCUUCAGUAGCAGCAGGAAGGCUCUUGUCCCUGCACAGAGCUAUUGACUAUUCAUGGCAAAGCGUCCAAAAUGCAGCGGCAGAGCCUGUGGAAAAUGACAGCGUGUAACAAGCCUGAGUGGCAUUUCCUUCACGCUGGUCACAUGCCUCCUAAUUCACACACGCACCCCUCAUAGGCUGAUCAAAUGACUUCUAUCUCUGCCCGCCGCAUGCCUUCCCCAGAAAGAGUUGUUUUAUUAUGCACACGUAGGGCUCUGCUUUCAAUCAGUCACCUUCAGCCGAUGACUGAGGGCCACUGUGCGCUCCGUGCGGGGGGACGCGGUCACUGCGAGGGGCACAGGCUCCAGCCCGCUUUCACCUGAACCUUCGCUGCGUGGUAUAUGCUGCUGGGAUACCUGUAAGAGCUCGCCCAGGAAUGGUGGAUCACCUGGUGCCUACUGAUGAAUCCUUUUCAUCUACAAGGUCUUCUCUGGGAUACUUUAGGGACAUGACAGCAGGGGUGAGAUCCUACCAAAUGCUGCCCUCUCCUCUGUCAGAAGAUGACAGCGACUCGUCCAGCUUUUGUUCUUGUUCCAGCCCGGAAUCCCAGGUUCUCAGCUCCAGCUAUGGAAGCACAUCCAGUGCGGAGAGUCAGGACAGCAUCUUAGACUACUUGCUGUCCCAGGCAUCUUUGGGGAACACCGCUGUGUCAUGGUGGGACAAAAGGAGACUUCAGCCCAUAGUGAAAGAGGAGUAUUUUAGGUUGCCUGAAUUCGCUGUGGAUAUGGAAGACUCUGGACCAUUUCAGCCCACACUUGAGGAAAUUGAGGAAUUUCUGGAAGAAAACAUGGAGCUGGAGCUCAAAGAAAGACCUAAAAGUGAGACCAAGGACUUGAGAGCUUGCAGCCAAGUUUCUGUUGCUUCGCUACAGCAAAAAGACCAUAUGUUACCCAGUGCUACUUUAAAAGAGAGUAAAAAUGAACAGUUGAACAGCUCGACGGAAGGUGGCCAGGCUUCAAAUGGAGGAGUGUCCCUGGAGAAUGGCAUACCGGUUAUGCUCCAAAUUCAGCCUGUACAGAUCAAACAGGAGUCCACCACGAGCCCUAGCUCCCAAGGACCAGCACAGGAGAACAUUAAAAUUGCACAGCUCCUAGUCAACAUCCAAGGACAGACGUUUGCCCUUGUGCCCCAGAUAGUUCAGUCGUCCAAUUUGAACUUGCCCUCUAAAUUUGUCCGCAUUGCUCCCGUCCCCAUCGCUGCCAAGCCAAUUGGGCCAGGAGGCAUGAUCCAGGGUCAGACGGGAAUCAUCAUGGGUCAGAAAUUUCAAAAGAACCCUGCAGCAGAACUCAUUAAAAUGCACAAAUGUUCUUUCCCUGGUUGUACCAAGAUGUACACGAAAAGCAGCCAUUUGAAAGCCCACCUGAGGAGGCAUACGGGAGAAAAGCCUUUUGCUUGCACGUGGCCAGGUUGCGGAUGGAGGUUCUCCAGGUCAGAUGAGCUGUCUCGGCAUCGGCGCUCUCACUCAGGGGUGAAACCCUACCAGUGUCCCGUCUGCGAGAAGAAAUUUGCUCGAAGCGACCACUUGUCCAAACACGUCAAGGUGCAUCGGUUCCCGCGAAGCAGCCGCUCCGUGCGCUCCGUGAACUGACUGCUCCCACCUCCCCUCCCGCAGCCGUCCCACAGCAGCCGAUGACAGCACUUUGCUCACUACAUUUCUAGUGAUAAUUUAUUUGUCUUCACAGAACAGUCAAUGCUGUUACUUGAUACCACCGCGUCCGAGUAUCCCGUGUCCUGUAAAGAUGAUUUGAGAAUGAAGAUAUUUUGGGGUCAGGGGAGGGGGAUGUUUCUUCCUUUAUUUUUUUCUCCUUUUUUUUUUUUUUUUUUUUAAGGAUGCUUUUUUUCCUUUCUCUCUAUCUUUCCCUCCUUUGCUGCUGCUUCUUUUGGAAAUUACAGUGUUUUAUUUUUAGCUGUUUUCUGCUGCACAGGAAAAUGUAAGAGUUGCUUGCUGCUAGUUAAUUAUAGCCCUGGCAUUCCUGAGGGCUUUGCUCAUGUACAGGCCAUUCAUUGUGAGUUUUUAUUAAGCUGCUCUAUUUGUCCAGUUUGGAAACAGCAAAUUCCUUUUGAAAUGAAAACAACUCCUUUGUUUUUGGGUCGCCCGAGCCAAGGAUUUGUAGGGGCCGGCCAUAGGAGGAGGAACAGUGGGAGUCAGGGAGAGGGGGAGGCGAGACAUGCGAGUACUGGAACGUGCCUCUGCACCGCUCUCAUUUCUCCAGCUUGCAUUUACCUUUUCCUUGGUUAGGGCUAUAUAUAAAUAUUUAUGUAUAUACAUACAUACAUACAUAUAUAUAUAUAUAUAUAUUUAAGCUAUGAUGUACCCCAAACAAACCCAAAGCUCAGGCUGGAUGAAAUGGUUUGGCGCAGAGGCCUUUUGGUGUGACUGCAUCCCAUGCUCAUGUUUUUCCUGUCCUGUGCUACCAUUGAGGGUGAAAGGAUGCCCACAAAUCGAAGGAAACUGCUUUCCUUCGCCUUGAAGCAUCCACUGCCUUUAGCAGAAGAGCUGUUGUCUAAUAUGUAAGGCAGCAGGAGGCUGCUUGCAAACGACUGUGCUCUGCACCUGCCGAGCACUGAGAACUCACUGCCCACUCAGCCUGAUGCCUCACUGGCUGGGGCUGAGGCUCCAUUUCCCCAGUACCCGAACUGGGUGCCAACCAGGUGAGCAAACACAAGGAGAUCUUCUGUCCCAGGGUGAGCUUCAGCGCUGAACUUCUCCUUACCAACAGCCAUGUCAGAGCUCCACACAGCUGGGGUGGGUGAAUGGGUGAGAACAGCCAAAAGAAAUCAGUUUGUAUGGUAGUUGGCUAAGAAGGGAAUUUAAGCAAAUGAUCAGAUUGUAGCAGGCAACUGAUUGUGUUUCUUCUUGUUUCAUUUUUCCUUUUGAACUCUGGCAAUUGUAAGAAGCUAUAGAAGAAAAUAGAAUUCAGUAAUUAGGAGCAAUUUUUUAAUGGAUGUUGCAUUUCCUUUCCAUUCGCAGACGGCAUCUGUUUGUCUUUUUGUUGGCAAAAUGGGAAAUAGAAAGCUGCGAUCCUAGCGCCAGGCAGAGCGGGAGCCCGCACUGCAGGAACAGCAGGUCUAGCAAAGGCGAAUGCAUUCCUUUUGUCCUCUAGAAAUUAAUAUAAAUGAACUAUCAUCUAUUGACUGGUUUAUAUCACAUCCUAUGAAUGUAUGUAAAUAAAACUGUACAUAGAUGCAUAUCUAUAUAAAAUAUCUUUUAAUAACAUAUCAAAAUUUGUGUAAAUUGGAAACAAAAGUACCUAUAAAGCCAGUGUACAUAAGUUACAAUUCUGUAUAUUUUCUUUUGUUCUUCAUAAAAAAUACUUUGACAAUAAAAUGAAAAUGGAAAUUUUAAA